AUGGGUUUAGUUCGAAGUCCGAGUAUACGAAGUGAUGAAUCCUUGGAAGGGAUAAUUAAUGAAUAUUGCUCUCGAAAAGCUAAUAAAAUUAGGACACCAAGGAAGUCUUCUUCUCGCUUCAUUUGUGCCCUCACUUUUCUUCAAUUUACUUUUGCCAUAUAUGCAAUCUUUCUUCUUUAUUACAUGACUCCGACCAUCGAUCUCCGUUCCAAACCAGACUUCUCAUGGGCCACUCGUAUUGCUCGAAACUGGAAGCACUUCAUCCUGCAACCCCGAAUGCUCGCAAGCUUCCGAGAUGAUCAUGUUACAUUCUCCCCAUAUGAUGUAUGCGAGCAUGAGCAACUUGGUUUCCUACAGAAGAAGUCAGAUGAUGCAUUGAUGAUCAAGCUCAAGCAGGAGCUCUACAAUGAAGUGCUGCAGUUCCAGAAGAAGCGAAAUUCAGGAACUGAAACACUUGGUGAGCUCAUGAGAAUGAAGUCUAAGUGGAGCUUACAAGGUCUGGAAAUCCCGAAAAUUACUGUGAUCUUAAACCACUUGAAGAGGAAAACACUUUGUGCUCAGCUUGAUUCACUACUCCAUCAGACUUUGCCUUUCCACCAUGUUUGGGUGCUUUCUUUUGGAAGCCCAAAUGAGCUUUUGCUUAAAAGAAUAGUCGAGAGCUAUAACAAUUCAAGGAUUAGCUUCAUUAGCUCGAGCUAUGAUUUCAAGUACUAUGGAAGGUUUCAGAUGGCUCUACAGACACAAGCUGAUUUCGUUUAUAUUCUGGAUGAUGAUAUGAUUCCCGGAAGGAGAAUGCUAGAGAUUUUAUCGCAUGUUGGAGGGACCGAGAAGUACAAGAAUGCAGUGUUGGGGAGUAUAGGAAGAAUCUUGCCUUUCAGAGAGAAGGACUUCACAUUCCCGAGCUACCGAAAGCUCCGAUCAAAGGAGGCAGGCUUGUAUUUGCCAGAUCCGGCCUAUGAUAUCACCGUUGAAAGGAUUGUGCAGGUUGACUUCUUGUCGAGUUCAUGGUUCCUCUCGGCCGAUCUUGUUAAGACUCUGUUUGUCGAGAAACCUUUUACUUUUAUGACUGGCGAAGAUCUGCAUCUCAGUUACCAGCUUCAGAAAUACAGGAAUGCUGACUCCUAUGUCUUGCCUGUUGAUCCAAAUGACAAGGAAACUUGGGGAGAUAGUGAGCACAGGCUUGCGUAUGUCUCCGAGACCACAGUAAUCUUCAAGGAUAUCGUCCGAGUCCGAGAUGAUCAGUGGUGGAGGGCCCUCUCCACUGGUUACAUUACUCAAUGGGCUGCAAUGUACCCACAGAAGAUAGAUGCUCUCUUCUAUGCUCACUCCCUUGGAGAGGUUGAAGCACUUGCUCCUCUUCUUGCCAGGUUUCGAUCAACCGUAGGAAAGAAAGCAUACAUUGCUGUCUCAGGUGGAAGGUUCUGUCCAUGUGAAGAGGCUGCAGUUGUUCUUAAGUGGCCAAAAUCUGUUUGCAAGGAGAGAAGGUUUAAGAUCUUUAAUUUGGGGAUUGAAGCCAUCUCGGGAUUAUCCAAUUCUGAGGCCCCCAUUUUACAAGCAGUAUACUCGAGCAUGAAAGGCCUGGUCAAAAUUCACACCCCCAGCUUGCUCAUCACAGUAGCUGAUAUCGAUCUUAACGUGAAGAAUGCUCUUAAAAUGGCUGCUGAAACUAAUUUGAACCGCUCUGCAUUGGUUCUUCUGCCAAGGUCCGUGAUACCCAAGGUUCUUUGGAUGGCUAAUCUACGAUCAACAGCAUUACCAAAUUCCUAUGUCAUUGAUAAAAUAACCCAAUUUAAACCAUUUAACCUUACUACUUUACUCCUCCUUGAGACUUUGAGCAAGAUUAUUAUUGUUUAUCUCAUUUCUUUUCCACUUUGA